UCUCAUCGCCGUCGUUCUCGUCGCAGCGCAGUCACGACAAAAAAGGUUCGCUCGCGCAAGAAACCAGACGGAAUUUUCUACGGUGGAAAGGAACACGGAUUCCAGGUGCCUCGAGAAUUGACUGCUCCUCCUCCUUCUCGCUUUCCGGAAGCAUCGGUCGGAAGCCGCUGACAAGGGAACCCCGCAACUCGCGGAACGGUGCUGUGGCCUUGAAAUUAUUGUCGCGGCCGAAAAUAAGUGCAAAAUCGUGCGUGGAGAAGCCAAGAGCAAAGAGUCUUUUUCUAGAACAACCGAGAGAGUGUGUGCGGGUGUGUCUGUGUACGUACGUGUGUUCGUGUGUGUGUUUGGCUGGUGAAGAGGAAGCAGCUGACGGCCGCGGGGACACCGCGCAAGUGACCACGGAGGAAGUGCGAAAUUUACACACACCAGCAGGAGGACCGUCGCGGAAGGCAGAAGAAGAUGUCCCAGCAGGAGCAACCCCAGCAGCAGCCAACGGUGCGGCACAUCCCGAUCUUCGUCGAGGGUCGCUCGGAGCCGCUGGUCAAUAAAAUCCCCGAAUCGCAGCCCAGCCGGGACAGUUCGACCAGUUCGGUGCCGGAUCAUCACCAGGCCGGGCCCCCUCCACAACAGCAGCAGCAGCAGCCCCGCAUGCCGGAGAUGCCCUCGCACAACAGCGAUUUCUUCAAGCACGGCUCGAUCUUUGACCGCGCCCGGGACUUUCCGGUGCGUACGUUCCCCUCGGCCACGGCCAACUUCUUCAACAAGAGCAGCCCCGCGCGGGAAUCCUCUCCGGCCAGACAAGUUCCUAUCUUUACGACGGACGCCAGCGCGGCCUCCACAACAGUGCCUCCUCAGCGUGGUUCCUCCCAGCCACGGCAGACGCCUUCACCUCCGACGGCGGCCCAGCAACAGCAGCAGUACCAACAGCAGCAGGCCCAGCGGUUCGCACAGCAACAGCAAAAGCAAGCCCAGGAUCAACCUGAUGCGGCGGCGGCGUCCGCACCGCCUCCACCUGCGGCCAACGAUCCGAUCAGCAAAAUCCAAAAGAUCCAGCGGGACGUGCUGGCCAUCUUCGACCAGGUCGAGCGAUUCCAGGGCGGCAAGGACGGCAAGCGGGACAAGCAGUACCUGUAUCUGGACGAGAUGCUAACCCAGAACCUGCUGAAGCUGGACAGCAUCGACGCCGAGGACCAGCCGCAGAUCAAGUCCGCCCGGCGGGAAGCCAUCAAGAGUAUAAACCACUGCAUUGCCGUCCUCGAGGCCAAGGCCGAAGCGGGUGGAGAAGGUGGCGCCGUCAGCGGAAGCGCCAGCAGCGACAAGGUGCCUAACGGGACGGCCGAUCGGACCGGGUCCGGCGCGUCGCUGUCCCACUCUUCGUCCAACUCAUCUAGUCAACAGCAGCAGCAGCAGUAGGAAAGUAUCACCAGCAGAAGGCUAAGCAAACACUAACCAGAGUAAGAUUUCUUCACAAACUAACCACACACACUCUUCUUAUCAAACACACACAAUAGUUAAAUUCGUUUCCUGUCCACACUUUAAAAACUAUAAAAUUCUGCGCGGGAAGGAAAUUGAAGUUCUUUCCCCUUAAAAAAAAAACACGGCAGCCAACAAUAUAAAAAAUCGCGUCCUUUUAUAACGAUGGACGUGGGAAGAAUCAAAAUUUUGCAGGUUUAAAAAUUACACCAGUGAAUUUAGAAUGCCACUUUUUAUAACAUUUUACGUUGUUCAAAAGCUAGAAACUAGAAGCAGUCACUAACCGAGCGAAUUUACACCCUUUUUUGUUGGCUUUAAUUUGAUUUAUGUGCUAGAAUCUGUGUUUUGUUUUGUUUUACUUUCAAGAAAACGUGAAAAUAUACAUAUUUUUCAAAGAUCUUCAACCAAACUAGCACAAUUAAGCAACUUCUUUUUGCAUCAAACAUACACACCAAAAUGCACCCACUUUUGAACACUGUUGACCAUGUUUAGGCACCCCAAAAAACAAUAUCGUAAUGCCAUACUCGUAAAAAAAUAUUAUUACAAACAAAAACCAAUUGAAAUUAAUCCAACGAAUCUAUUCGCCGCCAUGACUCUCUCGAUCAUCGUCCUUAAAAUGCAUUGGCUUUUCCUAAAAAAAAUUAAAUUAAUUUGUUACGUUCAAGGUAGCUCCUCCUCCCUAACCAUCAUCAUUAUUUAUUGUUCUCGCAGUUGCCUGCCCGUUUUGUUUCGUUUGCACACAUUUGAUUUCUGCGUUCUGAUUUAGGGUUGUAAAGAGUAAUUGAAGUAAAGCAAAAAAAAACUAAUCCAGCAAGCAGGUCAGAGGCAAAGCGGAACGAACUAUGAAGCAGCAGCAAAAAAGAAAAAAGAAAGAACAAGGAAAACAACAAAACAUGCCUGCGUACACUUCUCUGUGUAAGGGUAUAAAUUAUAUAUAUAUUUAAAGUUUAAUCUAUUUAGAGAAGAGAGUAAAUUAAUACAGUACAGUAUAAUCAAAUUAAUUGACAUGAAAAGAUACACAGAAAAGUAAUAAAAAAAACUCACAUUAAGUCUUAGUGAAAA